AUGGCUGAACAAAGAUUUGGUCAUACCCAUACCCGCUCCAGAGCUUCAGGACCCGAGUACCUUGCGGUACCAACCCGGAAUCUUCUUUUGAGCAAGAAUGGUUACUACUCGGAGGACGAUAAGUAUGAUAGGAGGAGUCCACCAGUAGUUACGUCAACAACGCCUCGAAUUCCCUCGCCCCCGGCCAGCAGUCGAAGGCGAUCUUUCGGAGACGCUAUGGAGCCUGGUGCUAUCAUCCCCUACCGUGAACGCGAUCAUGAAAGCCAGACAAGGGAGUCUAUCAGGAGCAAUGAAUGUCGAGUUCCCUCCCCUCCCAACACUAGCCGACGUAAUCAGCCCCUUGAGGGGGUGUAUCGGAUAGAAGACCCCCGAGAGAAGGGCCGCGGGCAAUACGACUAUCGCGAAACACAAGAAGUAUCUGGGCCGAGCAACCCGCACUAUCAUACUAAAACAGUUGGAAGGUCGGAUCAUGACGUUUUGGAACCAUCUCCCAGGUCGCUUCCGCCUCCAGAACGUCGCCAAAGGCUCUGUGAUGUUCCCCGUUCGCCAUGGCCCAAUAGAUCGGACGCUCCGACUCCACAAAGCGACUCGGAGUUCCUAUCUGCGGCUUACAGACAACGAACUGGGGCCGUCGAGGAAAAUAUUUCCACAGGGUUACAGCGAUCUAAAAGUGAUAGAACUCCAAGUUCGCAUCGGUCGACCCCAACCUCGGCCGAGGGCGAAUGGACCAGACCCCAGCUGACUAGAUCUACCUCCUCUUCCCUUGGUGAUAGAACGUAUCAGUACAGGUCGCUGGAUUACGAGUCCAUAAGAUUGAUCAACGUACUUCCAGAGAGGAAAACUAUGAUCAAAUGCGAGAUAAUUCAAGUUCCUCUUGAACAGCUACCUCGAUAUGUGGCCAUCUCCUAUGCCUGGGGGGAUCCAGGAGACACGUGCAAAAUCGAUAUUGGAGGCAACUCUAUCCCAAUUUCGGUCAGCCUCCACGGGGCUCUCCAAGCUCUUCGUCAAAAGAAUGAGCCCGUGCUAGUGUGGGCAGAUGCUUUAUGUAUCGAUCAAGGGAACAGAGACGAGCGGACCCAGCAGAUACAGCUUAUGCCCAACAUCUACUCGAAUGCCGACUCGGUGGCAGUUUGGCUUGGCGCUGAAGGUGACGAUAGCGCCAAGGCCGUGGAUUUUAUCCGCAGGUUAACUGACCAAGCUAAAUAUCCAAAACAAGUCUCCCGGCUCUUGGCAUCCGGAAUGAGUAACGGCGAUCUUGCUGGCGUUGUAUCUUUGUUUGGCAGGGAUUACUGGAGGCGACUGUGGGUUGUGCAGGAACUGCUCAACGCAAACGAAGUCAUCGUCUACUGUGGCUCUACAAAGCUUCCAUGGCGGUCAUAUCAGCUCGUAUCGGAAUUGUUCUUUGAACAUCGGCAUGAGCUGGCUUUCCAAAGCAUGCAGAUGAACCGCAAGCGUCUAGCUGUCUCACCAGACCAGUUUAGCUACGACCAGGUGUUGAUUUAUCAGGGUCCCGCCAGUCUUCCAGACCUUCGAAGCUAUAUGGAGGAUGGAGAGGGGGCCUUUCUUGAGAUUCUGCGUGCCUGUAGACGGAAGCUUGCCUCAGAUCCAAGAGACAAAAUAUUCGGCAUUCUCGGAGUCUUGCCCAAAGAGGUGCGAAACGAAUUCCCUCCCGAUUACAAUCUCUCGGUAAAGGAUCUAUACACAGAAGUAGUCGACUUCCUCAUCAAGACUACGCAGCGGCUGGAUGUUAUCUGUGAAGCAAUACAUUUCCCUGUCCAUACCAGCUCUGCCGACCUACCCUCAUUCAUCCCGGACUGGUCACAUAGUCCUCAGACAGCAUCAAUGGGCCACAGGUAUAAUUUCUCAGCAGCAGGUUCCACGAAGGCCCGCUGUACAUUCCUCGAUCAACGCUUGAACAAGUUGGAAAUUGAAGCAAUCCCACUUGAUUCAACCAAGAUCAAGGGCGUCGCAGUCGGGACUCUUUGCAAUUUGGGAGACUAUCUCAUGGCUUUUCUACACUGGAGAGCUCUGCUCCUGGGUGAAUUUGGUCAUGAAAAGGACCGACAUAUCCGAGAGGCGGAGGAGGAUUUCGUGAUGGCAAUAUGCUUGGAACAGAUUCCAUCUAAAUAUACCCCUUCGCAGUGGCUGCCCGUAUGCUACAACGUUUUUGCUAACCUUCUUCAAGAACGGCUACCGUACCUUUCUUUGGAUCCAACUUUGAUGAGAUAUCUCGAUGCUCCUGUUGAUAUUGAACCGAAGCAUAGAAGGGAAUACUUACAAAAAGGGUUCGGGGAUAAAAUGAUGGGGCGAAGCUUGUGUAUUACCGAAUCUGGCCGGAUUCGAAUGGGCUCGGGCUUUAUGCAGCCUGGUGAUCAGGUCGUCGUGCCCUUGGGCUGUUCAACUCCCAUUCUAUUGAGACCUGAUGCGGUUCGUAUCAGUUAUCGAUUUGUGGGCGAUGUUUACAUUACUAGAUACAUGAAUGGGGAAGCUGUCGAGCACUUGAGGGCAAGAGAGAGAAGUCUCAUGAAAUAUGUGCUUCAAUGA